AUGAGAGGAUGGAGAGAGAAAGAGAGAGAGAAAUGCAGGCCGCAGGUUUAGAUGUUUGUGGGAACAUUGUGGGCCGAGGAGCAAAUGAGAAGAACGGGGUUGGCAUGAACCAACACCAUCACAGAGAGAUGGCUGCUGCCAGAAAUGACGGUGAGAACAAUCCAGCUGGCCAUAACCCUCCAAACCACAACCCGCCCAAGAUCCUACCUGUGUCUGGAAAACUGGAGCAGGCAAUGCAGAACAGCUCAGGCCUUGUUCGUCCCUCUGCCUUCAAGCCAGUGGUUCCAAAGAGCUUCCACUCCAUGCAAAACCUGGUGGGCCAGGCAGGAGGGGCUGGGAGUGAGGGCAAGAGUGAGGCAAGGAGUGAAGGAUUCAUUGAGGGCAGAGGAGGCAGGAGAGGCAGGGAUGGAGGAGGAGGAGUAUCAGGAGAGGUCCCAGAGGCCCUGCUCUUGGACCAGGACAGCCCAGUAAGGGUCAGCAGAAGUGAGGGUGGGGGAAAUAGUAAUGAAGUGGUUCAGGGAGGGAUGUCUGAUUCAGGGAGAAACUCCCUAACCAGCCUGCCCACCUACACAGGCUCGGGGUCUGGUUGUGGGCCCCCAGCAGUCCUGGGGCCUCUCAGUGCUUCCACCAGCCACAUCAACAGGUUAGGCAUGGCUGGGGCAGCUGCAGGUCUGGACAAGCUGGAAAAGCCUGGCUACCAGAAUGGGCUCAGUGCCUCGGACAGUGGCCGGUCCUCCUCGGGAAAGAGCUCCUCAUCCUAUCAGAGGCUGAGCCACCUGAGUGAUGCCCCAGCACCUCUACGGCCCUCCCCCUCCUCUGAUGACAUCAUCCAGGACCUUGAGGACCGCUUGUGGGAGAAAGAGCAAGAGGUGCAGCAUAUGCGUAGAAACCUGGACCAAAGUGAGGCAGCAAUCAUCCAGGUGUUUGAGGAGAAGCAGCGUGUCUGGGAGCGACAGAUGGAUGAGCUGAGACAGAACUAUGCCUCGCGUCUGCAGCAGGUUACCCGUCGUGCUCAGCGCUCCCAGACUGCCCUGCAGGCCCAGAUAACCCGUCUUUCCCAGGACAAGCGGAGGCUCCAGGAGGAGAUGGCAGCUCUGUUGGCUCAGAGAGAGGAGCUGGAGAGAAAGUGUCUAGAUUACAGGAAGGAGCAGGCUGACAUCUUGCCUCGUCUGGAGGAGACCAAGUGGGAGGUGUGUCAGAAGGCAGGAGAGAUCUCCCUGCUGAAGCAGCAGCUGCGGGAGAGUCAGGCUGAAGUGACCCAACGAGCUGGAGAGAUGGUGGCCCUGAGAGGCCAGCUGAAGGAGCUCAAUGCCCAGCUGAGGGAACGGGAGGAAGCCAUGCUGGGUUUGAAGGACUCCUAUAGCACCAAGAGUCUGGAGCUGGAGAAGUGUGAGGGAGAGCUAAGGAGGACUCUGUCAGAGGUGUCCAUCCUUAGAGAAAAGCUGGGUGUAUUUGAAGCAGAGGUGCUUAGCUUAAAGCGGGCUCUGAGUGAAGUGAGCAGAGGGGCAGAAGUUGUCGUGACCCCUAACUUAGCUGCUGCAGGGCUGUUGCCACCAUGGGGAGCUGUCCACUGCCCACGUAACCCCACUGAGCCCUCGUCCAACUCCCUCACCCCCACAUCUGACACCCUGCUGAGUCUUCAGAGUGAUGAAGCCAAAGCCCAAAGGCAGGAAGCUCAGAGGCAGGAGAGGCAACAACGUGAAGAAGCUCAAUGGCGUGAUGUGCAGCAGCGGCAAGACGCCCACAUGCAGCAGGACAUCCAACUGCGUCAGGAUGCCCAAAUCCGACCAGAGGCCCAACUCCGCCAGGAGGCUCAUCUCCACCAUGAAGCCCAAAUCAGGCAAGACGCCCAGCUACGGCAAGAAGCACAGCUGCGUCAAGAGGUGCAGAUGCGCCAGGAGGCCCAACUUCGCCAUGAGGCCCAGAUGCGUCAAGAGGUCCAACUGCGUCAUGAGGCCCAACUCUGCCAGGAGGCGCAGCUGCGUCAGGAUGCCCACCAGCCACAGAGGGUCUCAGAGGGUCACUGGGAUGAAGCAGGGGAGCUGCGCAGACAGUUAGAGCAGCUGCAGGCCGCAUUACGCCUGGAGCGGCAACAACGGGAGCGUCAGGCCCUCAACUUUGACCAGGAGCGACACACCUGGCAGGACGAGAAAGAACGGGUUUUGAAAUACCAGGCACAGCUGCAGCUUAGCUACGUGGAAACGCUGCAGAAGAACCAAGCUUUGGAAAAACGUAUGAGCCAGUUGGGAGCCAAACCAACUGCAACCUCCCCCACCACCACCACCACCAUUACCACUACCACCACCACCACCACCACCUCCCCUACCUCCUCCAAUUCUCCCCCUCCACCACCAGCCCUCUCACCUUUGUCUCCGCACUCCCCUCCCUCUCUCCCUGGCCCCAUCGCCCUCACCCUCUCCCCACCUUGUGAAGACCAGAAGGGCCCUCCUUCUCUCCACCAGCUUGCCCCUCCCUGGGCAGGACCCUCACGCCUGGAGAGGAUAGAGUCUACUGAGAUAUAGAAACAGCUCCAUGAAACAGUUAUAAAUGACCCAGUUUUAACACACACAGUGGCAAGGACCCUCACACAAGACCACUUCAAGAUAACAUAGAAAAACAUUUCAGUCUACAAUAGAAUAAAUUAGUAUAGUCUGGCAUACUUUUCAAAACAACUAUAGACAAUUAACAGCAACAAAGGCUGACUGUAAAAUCCAGCAUUACCGGUAAGAAGCAGUUCAUCUGAACAGGAAGGUAAAUUACAUUAAUCUAUCAAUGAUUGUUCAGCCUCCUAAGCAGCCUUUCUAUUACUAGUUGAACACUAGUACCUCCUACAUAAUCAGUGUUCAUGAGAAGUGUGCCACAUUGAUGGAUGGCAGAAAAACUAUUAACAGUGUUUAAAUUACAGCACUAAUACAGGGGGCAUUUAAUGCCCAUGCUAGAGAAGAACCACGACAAUCAGGGAUAUUGUCAGAAAUGAUUAACAAGAAUAUUAUGCCGUAUUUAUUCAUUGUAAGUCUGUGUCGCUGGUAUUGUAAAACUAGAAUUAGUGGUCAGAGUGUGUGAUGUGAAUUUGCAUUUUUGGCCAGAGAGCGCCUUACUCCAUUCUUUCCAGCAUAUAUAAGAUAAUAAUGCUGGAAAUACAUGGAAAAAAAAUCUAUAGUGUGAUUAUUAUUUUCAGUGCUUUAAUUAUAACAUCAGCAAAACUGUUACACAACAUUAUUACAUAUGGCUGGACUAUUCCAUUUGAACCCCAGCAGAUGCUGAUAUUGAAGGUCUGAUUCAGUUUUAAUGUCAUUUCAUGCACAGGGCCCAACAUGCACGACCCAUUUAAAAACAUCAUUAAGACCAACAGAGUUUAUAUUUUCUACAAAUUGAAUUAAAUAAAUAUGUUUAGCAGAUAAUCAACCCCAAAUGAAUAUAGAAUAAGUUUUUAAGAAGUGGGAGAACCUGGUUCACCUUCACUGUAGAUAAUGUGCGGUGACUAAAAACAAACACUAGAGGUCAUGAGAGAGCUUUCAAAGUUCGCCCAACUCACAAAACUACAAGGAGGAUGUGAAUGGAAAUGCACAAUUUGAAUUUGGUUAUUAUGAUAAUUGUGUCAUUCACAUGCAAGAAAUCGAAGACAGCAGUCAGCAUCCCCAAAGUUAAAACGUUUUCUAGAAUGUAUGACAUAGAAAGAAAGAAAUACUUAUAGAUUGUAAAUGUGUGUGUGAGAGAGCGUAUGUGUGGAAGCAAGUGUGUGCAUGUGUAUAUACACAUAUGAAAAGCUUCAGCUUAUGAGACUGAGGAUAGAGGGACUAGUGGCAAUACAGCAAGUGAAGACAUAUUAAGAAUAAAGGAUUUUUUUUAGGUACAGUAAGAAAUACGUCAAAGUCUGACACAAGAACAGACUGAAAUUUCACACUGAGGGAGUCUGUAUAUCCUGGAACACUCCUUUCUUCUGUAUAUUUGGUUUAAACAAAGCAGGAGAUAAGAAAUAGUCUGAAAAGUGGAGAGUCUGCCUCUUUAAAGGGGGCAGUCAGGUCAACUGCACUAUGUAGUGCCCUACACACAAGUUAUGAUGUACAUUAGACUCAGAUGUGAAUAUCAUGGCUUUUAUAUGUGUUGUUCAUGCCAGCAUACAAAGAUGUUGCUCAAGAAUAUUAACUUAUCUCUAACGUAUUAAUUACAUAGUAUUACAUCCUUAUUACUGUUAUUAUAUUAUGUGAACUGACAGAGAAAAUAUGUGCCAUUUGAGCUUUCCUUUAUGUGUUUUUUUUUACUCUGUAGAUAGCCUAUUUGCCUACGAUAUUGCAAUCAUAGCAACCCUGUCCAAAAAUGAUGUUCCUUUUGAUGUAGGUGAUAAAUGUAGUUACAGUAAUGCAUUGUUUAGAAAACAAAAUACUAUCAAUUUUAUACAUGUUUCAACUUUAUUGUUUGCAUUUAUGUUACUAGUACUGUUCUGGCUUGAUUAAAACCACCCCUUUGUUAAAAUUCUGCAGAAAUAAUAAAGAUAUGUGAAUAAAGCAGCACUUUGUGUCACCGAACA